AGGGUAUCGACAUUAACCCGCGCUCAGUUAUCCUCGGACUCUCCGGGGCUCAACCGCGCAAUUUCAUCUCUCGGAAACCGCGCUGUGCAACAGAUAAUAUGUGAAUACUUUAUAUUCUUCCUUUUAUUUUAAUUCUUCCAAUCUACGAUUCUUUCCAACAAUUUACCUGGAAAAUGAAAACAAAAAAUCGAUAAAAUUAAUUAACAUGAUGCUUCAAAAGCAGCGCUGAUAACGGAAAGCUCGUGGAAAUUUUAUUUAAUUAAAUAUUAAUGAACAAUUGUUAAUGCGAAAAGAGAAAUUUUGGUUCAGCAUUGACGUCAUAGAAUCCCUUGAACUGAGAGAUGGAUUUAAAAACUUAAAACCAAUAGCACGGAAUCGUUGAGAUUCUGGAUUCUGGUGGCUGCAGUCCAGGAGCAACAAUUGGAUAUUUAGCAGUUAAAUCGAUGAGUGGAUGACCACCUGAGAGAUGAAGCAUCUCAAGAUAAUCGUUUUUAUGUUUAAUUUAAUAAUCUGGUUGAGUGGGUUUAUGGUGAUUGUUAUCGGCACUUGGUUAAUAUUAGAGCCGAGCAGUGGUCAUUUGUUAAACCUCUUCGCCAAGAGCAUAACACCCCAUGACACGGUGCAAAUAUUGUCCUACGUACUACUGGGUCACGGGUUUAUUGUAUUGACGGUGGGAUUUAUCGGGUGCCGCGCGUCUUUGCAUGGAAGUCAGUGCAUUUUGGGUGUUUAUGUUGCAAUGCUUGUUGGAUUAAUAGUUUGCGAAUUAGCGACUGCGGCCGUCGGUGGUUUUCUGUCCUACCGUGCAGUUACUGGCUUGGAAAAUAGAUUAUUAGAUCGAUUAGCAGAUCACUACGGCCACGAUCGGACAAGUGAUAUCGCAUUUAGUCAAAGUCUUGAUUUUGCACAGUACAAGUUUAAUUGCUGUGGUAUUUAUGGUGACGGUGAUUACAAUGGAACUGCUUGGUGGAGAGAUGGUAGGAUAUCCGGACUUAAAAGGCAGGUUCCUCUUACUUGUUGCAUACUUAAAAACCACGAGGCUAAAAAUACCGGAAGUCCGAUGAGUGUCGUUGCAAGAGUGUUCCACAAAGACAAUGAGCCAUGGUUACAUCCGCAACCAAAAGAUGAAACAGCUUGCCAAGCAACAGAUCCGGAAACGAACGAAGGUUUUAGGAAUAAAAUAGGUUGCCUUGAAAGAGCGACAAAUUGGCUUCGUAAUGAGAGUUUAAAGCUUGUUUUUCUCGGCAUGGGCAUGGCAGGUAUUCAGACUCUGGGGAUAAUAACAGCAACGAUAUUGUGUCAGACAUUUCGCAAUCGCGAUCCAGAGAAUUGAUUCCAAUCAUCACUGCCAUAUUUUUUUAAAUACAUCUCAUGGUAAAUUAUAAAUAAUUGAUUCAAGCAAAUAAAUAUUUCUGUGUUUUACGUAUUAUACAGUCCGGACUUAUGUCCGUGCUGACGUUAGACCUAGAAAUACUUAGUGGAGUGUAUUUGAUGGCUAAAUAAUUAAUAACUAUGUCAAUACUGUAAAUUUAA